AAUUAGAGAUAUUUGAUUCCCGAUCCCUAUAAUAUUUUUCUUCCAGCUUUACCAUUAAUUAUUAUUAUUCUUUCAUAUAUAAAUCAAAUAAAGUAAUAUUUUAAAUAUUCUGUAUAAACAUAUAUUAUGGGAAACUUUCUAUCCAUUUUUUUUGACAAAUCUUCUUAUAAGAUUUAUAAUCUACUAUUAUAUUUUUUCCCCUAUAUUACCAUUGUCCCUCUUUAUAUACUUAGUAUAUAUUUAAUUAAAAUAUUGUUUGAAAUCUUUAUUGUCUUUUAUAUUAAGAAAAACUAAUUUACAUGCAACAAUGUAGGAUCAUCAUCCAUCAACCCAGGAUCUCCACAAUUUUCCUUCACUCUCCAAAACCCUUUAUAAAUACCCUUCAAACCCACUUUAUCAAAAACACCUUAUUAAAAACACAACUCCCUUUCUUUUACUCCACAAAAAAAAAAAAAAAAAAAAAAAAAUGGCAACAAAUAUUGUAGUACAAUUGUUGGAUUUUGGGCAAGUCCAUUUGGGAUGAGAGUGAGGAUAGCAUUAGCUGAAAAAUGAGUGAAAUAUGAAUACAGUGAACAAGAUUUGAAGAAUAAGAGUGAAUUACUACUUAAGAUGAACCCGGUUCAUAAAAAGAUACCGGUUCUUGUUCAUAAUAAUAAACUGGUUUGUGAGUCUCUUAUAAUUGUUGAAUACAUUGAUGAAGUUUGGUCUGAUAAAGCUACUUUGUUGCCUUCUGAUCCUUAUCGUAGGGCUCAAGCUCGUUUUUGGGCUGAUUUUGUUGAGAAGAAGAUAUACGAUACUGGGAGGAGAGUUUGGACCACUAAAGGCGAAGAUCAAGAGGCGGCGAAGAAGGAAUUCAUUGAGCACUUGAAGGUAUUGGAGCAAGAGUUAGGGAACAAAUCUUACUUUGGAGGAGAUGAAUUUGGGUUUGUUGAUAUUGUUUUCAUCCCAUUCUAUAGUUGGUUUCACGCCUAUGAAACAUUGACCAACUUCAAGAUUGAAGAAUCUUGCCCAAAGAUCAUUGAAUGGGCUAAGAGGUGCAUCCAAAGGGAAAGUGUGGCUAAAGCUCUUCCUGACCAAAACAAGGUUUAUGAGUUUAUUUUGGAGUUAAAGAAGAGGUUGGGCAUUUAGAGAAGCUGCUUUUUUUAUGCUGUAUUGUAUGGUUUGGUGAGAGUAAUAAUGUAAGGCGUAUAUUAUCGUAGGAUUAAUAAUGUUAUCUUAUUGUAUGGUUUGGUGAGAAGUUGGUUUUUUAUGCUAUAUUAUUGUAUGGCGAUUUAUUUGAAAACAUAAAGCGUAUAUUAUCGUAUGAAUAAUAAUCUUACUCGAGUGU